GAGUUGACAUCGCACGUUAUUUCCACGUGGCUCCGAUCGCGAAACCUCGAGGGAAAUUCCUUCUUCUCCCCUUCCCCCUCCAUCUCCAGAGAAACACCCGAGAAGCGACGUCGAGAUGAAAAUCAAUAUAUCCAGAGAUGUGUUUGUGUGUUGCAUAGCCGACAUUCUCCCAGUAGCGGUAUCAUUCAUGCACAGAAAUGUAGUGCCUAAUCGUCCAAAUUCGUUCGUAGUAGUGCUAGUAGUGAAGUGCUUUGAAAUAUGUUCAGUUCUCACAACAAUAUUCUUUUCAAGGCCAUCAUUUUAGCUCUGUGUGUGAUCUCGUCAGUGCACAUAUUCCUUUUCCCGCUAUACGGGCUAGACACGCAACCAAACACCGUCAAAACUCUCCAGGCUCUGGAGCAGUCCCUCUGCAUGAACAACAUAAGACAUCACAAGACCUGGAAGAAGGCUAAGUGUCCCAAUUAUGGCAUAGUGACGGUAAUGCAAGGCGGCCGCGUAGGCAACCAGAUUUGGGAGUAUGCCUCGGUUUGGGCACUUGCUAGACGAACUGGAUUAGAGCCUUACAUACCACGUUGCAUCAAAUUAAAACUGGAACAGGUCUUCAACUCAUUAUCUCUCCCAACCUUCGAAGAGAUUGCCCAUUGUCCAUUCGAGAUGAACACAUUCGUCAGAUCGUUGGAAGAGUGGAACUACACCAACCAGAGUAUCAUCCUGCCAAAGUACAUCAUCCACUACGAUCUGGUGCUGCCAUGGGUCCAAGAUAUCAAGCAGGAGUUCGCCAUCAAGAAGAAGCUCAUCAACAAGGCUCGUAAGAUCCUGCGUUUAGCCUCUAGAUAUAAAACCAAUUGUACCUUCGUAGGUGUACAUAUAAGAAGGACUGACUACAAGAACUUCCUCGUGGUCAAACAUGGAAUCAAACCGGCAGAUGUGAAUUUUUACAAAUCCGCGAUGGACUAUUUUGAGAGAAAGUAUCGUAGAGUGGUGUUUGUUGUGGUUAGUGACGAUCCAAAGUGGUGUGUUGAAAGUUUUGGCCAGAGGAAGAAUGUUUAUGUCACCGGUAGCUACCACCCUAACUCGCCAGCUCUGGAUUUGGCUAUUUUGAGUUCGUGCAACCAUUCUAUCUUUGAUUAUGGUACCUAUGGAGAAUGGGGUGCUAUUUUGGCUGGUGGUGAGACGGUGUACUAUAGUGUGGUAAAGAAUCAUUCGAUAUACAGGGGAGGGCAGUUGUUACCGAAUUGGCAUGCUUUGAACUAGGUUUGGAUAUGAUAUGACUGAUUAUACAUUGAUCAAACUGGAUUUCGAUGCUUUCCAGAGCUAGGUGAAUAUUUUACAACAACCAAUAUCUCAUUUGGCAUUCGAGUAAGACAAUAAGGAUUUCCGAAACCAAGCUAAAAGAUUUUUCAAAGGAAAUUCUUUAGGUGAAAUUCAAAAUUUACCAUAUUUUUCACAUUUAAGAGCCUUCAACAAAAAUCCAAUUAUCUUCAAUUCGUUUAUGAAAAGCUGACACAGUUAAAAUCGAAUAGAGUUUUCAUCUUACCUUGAAUAUUCAGAGCUUUUUUGAUCGGAAUGAUGAUGAAAUUGAUCAUAUUUGAGAGAAAAAGAAAUUAUUUUUUAUACAGUAUCCAAAUUACUCAAUAUUUUAGUAGAGAAUAUUCUCCUUGAAUAUUCUACACACAGCUACUGCAAAAAUCGAAAUUCAGCCAUCCUGUACAAAUAUAACCUUACAAUCUGAAUCGAUGAAAAUAACAUAAGAUACAUAGGAAGAAAUCAAAAAAGAAAUUCUGUGUUCUAUACACUCUAUUGUCGUACCAAGUUUACUUUCAGAUAUUUUAUUAAAUAAUUAUAUCUACGUUUGAUUUUGUCAUACCUACUCACACAAUUCUGAAAACUAACAGAAAACAUUCCUAUGGAUCUUGUGAAGUGAAUUUAUCAAAAAUUUUCAGGGAUUUCACUUCAUCUGAACAGAAUUUCAUUAUUUAGUAUCUGAAGAACAGUUAUCUGAGAGAAUUCAUUCAGAAAAAUAUGAAAUUAUUAAAAACUUUUGUGUCAAAUUGUCUAUAUAGACUGCCAACUGAAACUCACAUCAAAAUAAUGAUUAUAGGUUUUUCAUUACUUCACCUUUAUGUUGUCUUGAAAUGGAUUUGUCCAAUUUCCAGAAAAUUUGUGUGAAAAUUUGCAAGGUAUUGAUUAAUUGGUUCAAUCAUUGACAUCCAUAAUAGGUAAGAUACCUAUACUAUACCUAAAUAUACUAAGUGACGUUAGAAGUGCUACAUCUAGAAAGUAUACCUAUCUAAUUUCUCCAUCUGUUUCGACACAGUAGUUUUACAUCAAAACUGAAACCAUGGCAUUUACAAGAGAUUUUCAUCAUCGUGUACCUAUCAUCCAAAAAAAAAAGGAUCAAUGAUGUGUUCAAUGGCCACUUUGAAGACUAUGUUCUUUAGACAUCUUGGCAUCAACAAAAUGAUAUAAUCAAAGUCUGUUUAUGAUAGGCACCUCGUUCUAAUCAAACCGAACUUGUUCGAUGGGAUUUAAAUCUGGUGAACAAAGUGGCCACGGUAAGCAUUAACGCCAAUUGUACAGUAGCCUUAAUCAAGUAAAUUUCAAGUGCAUGUAAGAAGAAAUGAGUUUCAGUUGCAGUUAUCUUAAUUUCUGAAAACUUGAAGACUGUACUUGAAGAUAUUUUAUUUUCUCAUGAAUCUUCUGUAGUUAAAUGGAAAAUUUAUUAUUCAACAAAUUAUGAACCUCAUGGUUCUUUCAUUUAAAAUGUACAAUAGUUAUGGAACUAGAUAUAUCGAUGUUGUAUCUAAGAAUCUAUUUGUAAUGUUUACCACUGACCACAAAAUUAGGGUGUAAAUAUCUCCGACAUAUUUUCAUACAAUAAGUUUGAUAAUGAUAACCUACUACUCGAUUUCUACUUAUAUAAAAUGCUCUCUUAAUCUAUUCCUAACGAAAUGUCAAGAACUGAUUGAAAAAUGUAAUAUAGUUAGAAUAUAUAUUUUUUCAAUUUCUAUGAAUAUAUAGAUCUUGUAUGAAAAGGUUUAGGUACCUACUGUUCAUAAUAUUUUAAUUUAUAAGCUUUCUAUUGAAUUAAUGAAGAUCAUCAGGUUGAUACCAGUGAAAAUUUCAUCGAAUUAAUUUUUUUCAGUUGUAACCUGGUCUUUGGCACCUAAAGUGAUUUUUUUUUUAGCCUCAUCACUAAGGAACACUGCAAAUUUUAUCGUUUGGUUUAUUAUUCACUCUUUCAAUGUGGCGAAAGUCGAACCAGGGAUCAUAAGUUCCAAAAUCUAAAAAAAAAAUCAAAAAUUCAAUAUCUAUGGAACAAUAAACUUUGGAAUCACUAUCAUCGUAGCAAAAUAUGCUUUCAAUUCCAUGAUUAUUUGUUGUUAAAUAAUGUUCAAAUAUUAAUGGAUCAUGUUCUCGAGCUGGAAAAAAAUAAAAUAGCAACUAAUUUUUGUACCAAAUUUCAUUCAAAUAUUCGUCAUAGUUUACGCAGACAGCUGAAGGGCUUUUUUCUUUUCAUUUUUGGAUUCCUUGACCGAUUCCAAAUAAGGUUUAUUAUUUAGAAGAAUAUAGAAUGUUGUGUGAAAAUUAUUCUUUCGAACCCCAAUAGAGUCAUUCCAAAAGAACAAAUGUAGACUGAUAAAUUUCAAUAUUGUAGGUAUCACUUUCCACUAAAAGUUAUACCUACAAUAUUGAUAUUUGCCACUAGUCUUUGAUUGACCGUCAUUUCGUUCAAUGUUGUUCGAAAGCUAUGGUGGGUUAAAAAUUAACAUAACAAUGAUUUGAUGGUGGCAAUCACCACACUGAUCGUUUUGUAAAACCAGCUAUAACUGUUGUAUUCACUAUAUCUAUACAGAUUUUUUGUGAGAACUGAAAUUAAAAAGAUCUUUUUAAAGAGCGUUAUAUUUCGAAACAUCUGAAUUUUCAAAUCGUAUUGAAACCUAUCAUUUUCAUUGAAAGAAUAUGAAAGGCAUUUAUUUUCUAAUUAUUUUUGAUGUUCUAAUUGUGAAUCUUACCUAUUUCCAGAAAACUUUCUUCUUCUCCAGAUAUAUGGGUAAAAAAAGUGGCUGAAAAUAUUUUUGAAAUGUUGAUAGUGGAAAAAGUCAAAAAUGAAACAAAGUCAACCAUAUUAACUCGUAUUACAACUCUAAUUAUUUGGCAAUAAUUACUUCGAAAUGACUGUGAUCUGUGAAUUUAAUUUGCAUUCAAUCUGUGCCAAAAAUAUUGUAUUUUCUAUUAUGAAAUUUCUUUAAUCUUUUUAUAUUUCCGUUUCAAAUCUACACAAAAUGUUUAUAUUUCUUGUUUCAAACUUCUGUGAUAAUUAUAUACCUACCAUGCUAUCUUGUGCUAAGGUUAGGCAUAGGUCUGUACUGUACCCAAUAUAUUGAAUGUUGUAGAUGUUCGAAAAUUGUAUUUUUUAAUUCAGAACGAAAACUAAUAUAAGUAAAUGAAUAUUUUUGUCGAAACGUGAUGUAGGUACCCAUUAUUGGCUCAAUUCCGAAGAUUAUUUUUUUGAAGUUUUCGAUUUGAAUAAAAUAUCUGCAGCACAUUGAUGCCUUAUAAAUGUUAUUUAUUACACAAGGUGUACCAAUUUAUUAUAAUAUAAUUAUUUUACCAAAAAUUUUUCGAACCUAUGCCUGACUUGUUUGUUUGAUAAGUUAAAUAAUCAGAUGUUAGAAACAUAUACUACAGAAUGUUGUGGAAAUUGUUGUUUAGCU